CCACGAAAAAAACAGAAACCGGAAAUUUUGACAAGAUGGCGGAGUCUCAAAAUAGUGGCGGUGCUGCAUAUCUGUUAAAAACAGACAUCGACGUCCAGAAAUUAUCUGAGCUGUUAGAUCGAGGGUGGAAAACAUUUGAGGAGGUCGACAGUACAAACGAGCCACUGGGCUCUAACAGUAUUCAGGUCAGGGUAAAACGCGGGAUCAGUAUGUUGGAAGUAGCCUCCAGAAUGGCGGCUCAGCUCGAGCUGUUCAGUCGUAACGAGGAUCUAGAGGAGGUCGCUACAGCCGACCUGAAGUAUCUGCUGCUACCAGCUCUGCUGGGAGCUCUGACCAUGAAACAAACCAGCCGAGAAAAACGAUUGGAGUUUGUCCAGACAUCCCGAGCUUACUUCAUGGACUUUUUGAGGAGAUGUAAAGAGUAUAACGUAUCAGAGUUUGAGCUGCCAAAGUCGACUAAUGAAGGCUCCAGUCCCGAUGAAUCAGACGGUGUUCUCUCUGCAGCCAAGCCUGUCACCUGCCCAUCAGACCUGGUUGUCAUGGCUGUGCAGAGACAAAGUAAGAUCCAGUGUUACCGUCAGAAGAAGGAGCUAGAAGCCAAACUGUCAAAUAUAAAGAGAGACAUUGACAGCGGACAGGCAGAUGAUGAGGUCAACAGAGAUUUUUACCUCCUGAACAUCCGGAGAUGGAUCACAGUGUGUCUGGAGGAAAUUGAGAGUAUUGAUCAAGAGAUGGAGAUUCUCAAGAAAAUAGGUGUUCUGAAGCAGAGUGAAACCAGAGCACCAGCUCAUCCACCCAGGCCUCCUAUGAAACCCUUCAUCCUUACGAAGGCCGCUGUACAAACUCAGGUGUUCGGAGCUGGUUACCCAAGCCUUCCCACCAUGACAGUGGAUGACUGGUAUGAACAGCACAAGAAGCAUGGCGCCCUGCCUGACCAGGGGAUACCAAGGAGGGUUGCUGUGGAGGAGGACACUGACGCAAAGGACAGAGAAGAAGAGGAAAAAGAAAGAAAGGCUGAGAUGGAUGAUGAGGACUCUUUGCUAAAAGCCAGAAACUGGGACGACUGGAAAGACACCCAUCACAGGGGUUACGGAAACCGCCAUAACAUGGGCUAGCUGCUGAUAGUGUUUAUUUUCCCUUUAAUAAUUCUAGGCUGUAGAUGCUUCUCUGUGUUAUGCUUCUUUAAAUCUGUGUAUAUGAGAAGGAAACACACCACAGCAUCACCUAACAAACGUUUGUGUGGCUGGUUUAUGUGCAGGUACACACUACAGCUGAUUCCCAGUCAUAUACAGCACAGUGGUCUUCUGCAGUGCAAUAUUUCCAUAGAGUAUAGAAAAAUACUGGAUUUUUCUGGCUGGAUUGCUUGAAGUCUAGCUGCAAUGCCAAAUUUUUCCUCUGUCACAGUCACUGAAAAAUAAAGAAACAUCAACACAUCACAUGUGCUCCAUCAAAUUAACAUUUGUUUUUUAAGGCAGAAAUCACAGGAAAUAAAUUCACAACAUUCAUUCCUUUGGACAAACCCAUACAGCCUUCUGUUCAGAUACAUGUUUUCACAAAACUCAUGAUGGAAUAAAAAAACUAUUUGGACGAACAGUAAGAAAUAAAGAAACAAAAGCAGUAUAUGAAAACUGUGUCAUGAGUCCUGAAAUGAACAGUACAAGCAGUAUGUAAUGGUCUCGUAUAUGUUUAGUUGGUGUUGUUGUUGUAGUACAGAAUUAUUUGCCUUUGAAUGCAGGUCACUUCAAGUAACUAAAGUUAAGCUAAGACAUUUUAAUGUGAUUAAAUGUUUCAUUUAAAGACUGCAAUUUUUUGUUUUAGGUGCAUUUCCACAGUAAUGUUUCUGGUCCUUUUCCCUCACCACUAAAGUCCUGGCACCUCU